AUCUGCUGAACAGGAGAGUUGUGCAGAAUUAGACCAUAGAGCAGAGCUGCAGUGUGUGAAGCAUCAGUCAGUGAAGUCCUGCUGCCGCUGCUGCUGCUGCUGCCAUCAUCACCAUGAUAAUCAGCAUCGCUCUGAUUUGGGCCGUCAUGGUGGGAUUCUGCUGUCUUCUCUGGCUUGCUGUGGGGAUACGACACAGGCAACCUAGAGAGCCUGCUAUUGAAAAUGGUUUGAUACCCUACCUGGGUUGCGCUCUGCAGUUUGGAGCCAACCCUCUGCAGUUUCUUCGUCACCGCCAGAAAAAGUAUGGCCAUAUCUUUACCUGCAAGAUUGCAGGCCAGUACAUCCAUUUUCUGUGCGAUCCAUUGUCGUACCAUUCAGUCAUCAGACAGGGUCGACACCUGGACUGGAGGAAAUUCCACUUCGAUACAUCUGUCAAGGCAUUUGGCCAUGACAGCUUUGAUCCACGCUACGGUCACACUACAGAAAACCUCCACCAGACAUUUUUGAAAACACUGCAGGGUGAGGCUUUGCCCUCCCUGAUAGAGACCAUGAUGGAACACCUCCAAGAUGUCAUGCUAAGAUCAGACACGAUCAGCCCCAGCAUGGAUCACUGGGAAGUGGAUGGCAUCUUUGCUUUCUGCUACAAGGUGAUGUUUGAGUCUGGUUACUUGACCCUUUUUGGAAAGGAAUUCGGGGACGAUAAGUGUCAGGCUCGACAGGAGGCUCAGAAAGCUUUGGUUCUGAAUGCUUUAGAGAACUUUAAAGAAUUUGACAAGAUUUUUCCAGCACUGGUAGCUGGCCUGCCCAUCCACAUCUUCAAGAGUGCCUACUGUGCUCGAGAGAAUCUAGCGAAGACAAUGCACGCUGACAAGCUGUCCAAGAGGAAGAACGUCUCUGAUCUGAUCUCAAUGAGAAUGCUGCUGAAUGAUUCUUUAUCAACCUUCAAUGAUGUGAGCAAGGCCAGGACCCACGUGGCCUUACUCUGGGCAUCCCAGGCCAACACCCUGCCGGCGACAUUCUGGAGUCUGUUUUACAUGAUCAGGAGUCCAGAUGCUAUGAAAGCCGCUCAUGAAGAAGUGCAGAAGGUUUUGGGUCACUCGACUGUGAGGUUUAAUCCCAGCAACGGCACAAUCACAGUAACCAGGGAGCAGCUGGACAGCAUGCAUGUUUUAGAUAGCAUCAUAAAGGAAGCCAUGCGUCUUUCCAGCGCAUCCAUGAAUGUGCGUGUUGCCAAAGAGGACUUUAUUCUUCACCUUGACAACCAAGAAACUUACCACCUGAGGAAAGAUGAUGUCAUUGCCCUAUAUCCACCUCUGCUGCACUAUGAUCCAGAAAUCUAUGAGGAUCCCUAUGAGUAUAAAUUUGACAGAUUCCUGGAUGGAAAUGGCAAAGAGAACACCACAUUCUAUUAUCGUGGCCGACGAUUGCGGUACUACUACAUGCCAUUUGGAUCCGGGGUCACCAAAUGCCCUGGCAGAUUUUUUGCUGUUUAUGAGAUCAAGCAGUUCCUCACUCUCAUGUUGUCAUAUUUUGACAUGGAAUUGUUGGACCCUGCCAUCAAAGUCCCCCCUCUCGAUCAGUCACGUGCUGGACUCGGAAUCCUUCAACCGACUUAUGAUGUAGAAUUCAGACACAAACGGAAAUCUUGUGCUUAACCUGCACACUGCAUAGUGAAUAUUUAUCAAUGGCUUGCUGU